AUGGCGAAAAUCCUUCACCUUCCCCCCGAGAUCAUUGAUCAACUAUGCACCCACAUCCGCCCGAUGACUCCAACGAGAAUACUCUUCGCCAGCGACACUUCCAACCCUGGCGCUCAGAUGUCAUGGAACGCCCUGUACAGCCUGUCAAUGACCUGCCGAUACCUGCGAGCCGCGAUCGCCGACAGCGGUCUCUUGUACCGCUCCAUCCGGAUGCUACGCUCACCGGACCGUCUCAUCCCGCUCCUGAAGCUGAUCAAGAACAAGCCGGCAGUCGGCGCCGCCAUCCACCAAAUCUGGAUGGUCGUGGACGACGAUGGCAAUCCACCCUGCGUCGAGCUCUGCUUCAGCGAGGCCGCCAUGCUCAGAAAGAUGUCGAGGACCUACAAUAUCAAUGUCUUCAACAACCUGAGGGAUUUGGGAUCGAACAUCUACUACCGCGGAAGUGCCGGACCCCUUCUGAGUCUUCUGUUGGCUCACACACCGCGUGUGAGGGACAUCGGCUUUCUCAUCUGCAGCACGUUCGAGGGAGACAGGACGAGCUCGGAUCAACGCCCUGAGCUAUCACAUUUGAAAUCGCUCUCUCUCAGCUCGGAGUAUUCUCUUGAAGACGCCGGCGCCAAGACCCUGGGUGUUCUUCUCAAGUCGGGGUUCGUGGAGAAUCUGUACUUGGAGAGCAUGUUCAUCAAGACAAGCAAGAUAAUGCUGCCGUCGUGGUUCAAGAACACUUCCUCUUUGACGAUGGACGGAAUCAACCUCAAACCCAGCAAGCUUCGUUCCAUCCUGGGGGGAUGUGCCCCCCUCCACACGUUCAGAUACACUCGGCAAAAGGACGACGAGAGCCUGAUCUUGGACCCCCCGACACUCGUCAGCAUGCUUUCGGAAUCCCACGGAAAGACGCUCCGCACUCUUUGCAUCAAUGAUCGCCAAGAAUGGCUGUACAAUUAUAGAGCCAGAGUCGGUUCCCUCAAGGCCUUCGUCAACGUCGAGAGCCUGUGGCUCGACACCACCAUUAUCGACGGGGUUGAUCGUCUUCAACGGGAGACGGUCUCCGAGCACCGUGCUGUACAGAGGCAGGUCUUGGAAGCCCUUCCACGCUCCUUGAAGAGGAUGUUCCUUGCCAACGGUGCUUUCGGCCGAGGGCCUAUGAAGUGCGUGUCCGUGUCCAGUGAGCUGUCGGAGACGAAAAAGAUGGUUUCCGGCCUGGGUGAGGUUUGGUGGGGGGAGCAAUUUGUGGCGGGCAGGAUUGGAGAGGAGAUUGCGCCUGAGAAGGACAAGGCGGCAUACAAAGCCUAUCUGACGGCUUCGGAGUGGGAGUAG